UGACUAAUGACUAAUCAUCUUGUCCCUACUCCAAUGGCAUCCACCUUUCAACCAAAAGGCAUUACAUCACCUCAAAAGAAUUGUACGCUACUCCAGUAAUAUUUUCAUGUGGAGUAGGAACCUAACAAGGAAGUGCUACUGCAAAGUGAAAGCUCUUGGGUUGGUCGGAAGCAAUGGAUGCUGCUCCGGCGACAUCGGCGGUUGCAGUUGCAGUUGCCGUCAUCUUCGCGGUUGUAGCAUCGCUCCCAGUACUGCUCCGCCUCCUCUAUGCCAGUGCCGGCGGCAAGACGAAUCCGAAGGCACCCCUGCCUCCCGGCUCAUUCGGUCUGCCUUUCAUCGGGCAGACGCUCAGCCUGGUCCGCGCCCUCCGCGCCAACACCGCCGACGACUGGCUCCGGCGGUGGUUAGCCAUGUACGGGCCUGUGUCGCGGUUGCGCCUCUUCGGCUGCCCGACGGCCUUCCUCGUUGGCACCUCUGCCAACAAGUUCAUCUUCGCCAGCGCCGCGGUGACCGCCAAGACCCCCGAGUCCUUCGCUCGGAUGGUCGGCCGCCGGACGAUCAGGGAUGUGGUCGGCGACGAGCACCGCCGCGUCAGGGCCAUGAUGAUGCAGUUCCUCAGAGUGGACGCCGUCAAGAGGCACGUCGCCAGCAUGGACGGCGAGGUCCGGCGCCACCUCGACGCGGAGUGGCGCGGCCGUGGCACCGUGGCCGUGAUGCCGUCCAUGAAGUCACUCACCUUCGACGUCAUGUGCACCGCCAUCUUCGGCCUCGGGACGGGUGCCGUCCGCCGGGAUCUUUGGACUGAGUUCCAGGAGCUGGUGAGGGGCAUCUGGGCGGUCCCGGUCAACCUGCCCUUCACCGCAUACAGCCGGUGCCUCGCCGCGAGCCAGCGUGGGCGCCGCGCCGUCGCCGGGGUCAUCCAGGAGAGGAGGGCCAAGCUGGAGCGUGGGGAGAGCUCGCUGGCCAGCGACGUUGUCACCCUUAUGCUCACGGAGGGCCUGCCCGACGAGGAGAUCAUCGACAACGUCAUGUUUCUCAUGGUCGCCGCACACGACACCACCGCCGCCCUCCUCACCUUCCUCAUCCGGCAGCUCGACGCCGACAAGGAAGCUUACGACAGAGUUGUCCAGGAGCAAGAAGAGAUUGCGCGGAGCAAGGUGGCCGGGGAGGCUCUGUCGUGGGAGGACCUCGGCAGGAUGCGGUACACCUGGUUGGCGGCGAUGGAGACGCUGCGGAUGGUGCCUCCGGUGUUCACCAUGACGAGGAAGACGGUGGACGACGUCGAGUACGGAGGCUACCUCAUACCCAAGGGCUGGCAGGUGAUCCACGCGGCCAACAUGACGCACUGGGACCCGGCCAUCUUCCCGGAGCCCGGCAGGUUCGACCCAGCUCGGUUCGAGAACCCGUCGGCGGUGCCACCCUUCGCCUUCGUGCCGUUCGGUGGCGGCGCGCGCGUCUGCCCCGGGAACGAGUUCGCCAGGGUGGAGACGCUGGUGACCGUGCACCACAUCGUGACGCGCUUCAGGUGGAAGCUCGCCGCCGGCUGCGACCGCAGCUUCUCCAGGUUCCCGCUGCCGUACCCGUCUCAGGGACUCCUCAUCGACAUCGAGCCUAUUCAGAAAUGAAUGAUUUGCUUUCUCGAUUGCAUUUCGUCCAGUUCGCCUUGUAAAAUCAAUAUGCCAAUAUGAACCAUCUGCGAAUCUACAGUUAUAUUUUGGGUUUGCUCGACGUACAAAAGUUAACUGAAUUUUAUAUA